AUGGGCGUUGUAUCGGGAUGUGUCGGCAUUGUGAAAGCUACAGGCGUGCCGACCCUUGGUAGCCAAGACGUCAGCUUUGACCUAUGCGACCCUUUGUAUUGGACUUCUAUCGAAGGCAAUCUCAUCAUUAUCGCAGCCUGCAUCCCGCUCCUCCAGCCAGUGGUUGAGAAGAUCAAGGGCCGCAGCAUCUGGCGAUCGAGCAAGACUGGUAGCAGUAAUCGCCAGUAUGCAAACUUUAGCAAGCAAAGUGCUCGGCAAGCAGACCCGAUCGAAUUACAUAGCAAGCCCAAGAAAAAAGUCGAUGUCUACGGAUUUACGAUACACGCAAAAGAGGAUAGCGAGGAGAACAUUGUCAACCCAGACAAGCAGUCUACAACAACAUCCUCCGGCCGCCAUAGUGGGACCUACCAACCCAACGACAGGAUCAUGAAGACCGACGUGGUCACCGUCACAUAUGACCAAGGGCCUCAGGCUAUCUUCAAUGUUGCUGCUCAGCCUGCCCACAAGAUAAAGGACAUGUGUGUAGUCUAA